UUGGCUUGCAACUGAAUCUGCAGCCAAUUUAAAAACCGGCGUCAGUCCUUUUCUAGUAUAAAACACAAAGGACCAAGAGACUACAACAUGCCUUCAUCUUUCUCUACCAAUAUGAGGCUCAAAUUUCCUAUCCUUGCCCUUUCGUUGGAGAUUCUAAUAAUUAUUUUAUUUGCCGUUUUUGUAACCUACAAGGAUUCAAAACAUGAUGGCCAUGAACAAACCUCAAAUGAUACUUCCACCACCGACAGUGUUAGAUUCUCUCAAUUAUACCCUAUGUUCCAGGAUGUACAUGUGAUGAUCUUCAUUGGAUUCGGGUUCUUGAUGACCUUCUUGAAGAAAUAUGGCUUCAGCAGUGUUGGACUCAAUAUGCUCCUGGCAGCCAUGGGUCUUCAGUGGGGUAUACUGGUGCAAGGCUUCUGGCACCUCCACAAUGGGAAAAUCGAAAUUGACAUUAUAAAAAUGAUUAAUGCAGAUUUCAGCACAGCCACUGUGCUCAUUUCAUUUGGGGCUGUUUUGGGAAAAACUAGUCCCAUCCAGUUACUGAUAAUGACAAUCCUGGAGAUCACUGUGUUUGCAAUGAAUGAGCAUCUGGUCGCUACAGUGCUAAAGGCUAAUGAUGUUGGGGCCUCAAUGAUAAUUCAUGCUUUUGGGGCUUACUUUGGUUUGGCUGUAGCCCGUAUCCUCUACAGGCCAGAUUUGAAAAAUAGACAGAACAACGAGGGGUCUGUCUACCACUCUGACUUAUUUGCAAUGAUUGGUACCAUUUUCCUGUGGAUGUUUUGGCCCAGCUUUAACUCUGCUAUUGCUAAUGAAGGUGAAGCUCAGUAUAGAGCUGUUGUAAACACUUACUUCUCAUUGGCUGCUUGUGUCGUUGCUGCAUAUGCAGUCUCCAGCUUUGUGGAACACAAAGGCAAACUUGACAUGGUUCACAUUCAGAAUGCCACUCUAGCAGGAGGCGUGGCAGUAGGAACCUGUGCUGAUAUGAAUAUCGGCCCCUUUGGAGCUAUGCUUAUUGGUUUGAUAGCUGGAAUAAUUUCGACUGUUGGAUUUAAGUUUUUGUCUGUAAGUAUUUUGUGAUUUUGAAGAGGACUU